AUGUCAGGCAGCCCAAACCUUGCCGCCGUCCUGCUCGUCAGCGCUGCAUGCUACGCCAGCAGGAUCCUGGUGGACUGGCUUGCCCUGUGGGCUUACCCGUGGUGCGAUCACCCGACCAAGUGCUUCGACUACGUCCAGGAACUGGACGCCAGCCUGGACCGUAGCGUAGACCCGUGCGACAACUUCUACGAGCACGUGUGCGCGCAUUGGUCUCGCAGGUAUGCCGCCUUCACCAGCAACCUCCACCUCCUCCACGCCCGAACAAUGAGCUUCUUCCUCCACGAGCUAGAGCGGCCAGCUCCUCAGCAUCAAUCAAAGGCAGUGAAGCAGGUCGUCUCUGGGUACCAGGCUUGCCGGAAAGCUUUCAAUGAGCUGCGAGAAGAUGUCCAGGUUCUAUUCGACAUAUUCAGCAAGUUCAGCGUCACGUGGCCAGCCCUGACGCUUCCGGAAAACUUCGACGUGAUCGAGUACUUGCUCGGCAUGUCAUUAGACUACAACCUACCAACGCCCGUGUUGCUGACGCUAGAGCCGUACCUGAGGACGGACAAACGCUACGCCCUUUCUAUGUACAUAAAGCCCACUGGGAAUCACGAUCCGUUCGAUCCGGAAAAGAUAGCCGCUUGCAUGCCGCUGGUAGCGCCUUCGAUAAGCGGCGACACGGCGUUCAACCUCGGUGAAAUCAUCUUCUUCGUGUACCUGGACUUGAUCUACCACAUCGAGGCGUUCACCAGUCUCGAUGUAAUGAUCCCCAGCUACACCACCAUAGAGGCCCUGGCUGAUGACGUCAAAGAUCAAGCACCGUUGGACUCCUUGCUCAACGCCAUCAACAGGCACCUGCCGCAGCACAAGUCCGUUAACAAGGACGAGGAGGUGCUGACCUUGAAAAACACAGGUCUCGUGCUCAAGGAGUUGCUCAGAUCUUCCAAGCAGGCGCACUACGUGGAUCUGGUGCUGUUCAGUGGCUGGAACAUUGUCACAUCCAUGAACUUCGGGAUGUCGUCGUCCUUGUUGAGCUGCGUAUCUGGGAAGUCGGCCUUCGGGAAUUCCUUCCAGGCUGUGGCACGCUGCUUGCAAGCUGCGAAUGAGGUGGCCGGCUACGCCUUAGCCCGCUUUUUCGUCGACAGCAUGGAGCAGGCAGAGGCAGUGCGCAACACGACAGACACGUGGAAUGCCCUGCGCGAUGCCACGGAGCGCAACUUCGCCACUCUGUCAUGGAUGGACGAGUCCACCGCAGCGGGUGCCAUGGGUCACGUAGGUGAUCUCGUUCCCAUCAUACCCUUGCCGGCGCACCUCAACAGUACUGAGGCCCUAGACGCCUUCUACGACUACCUGGUAGAGGACCAGUCGCUGCCCUUCUUCCAGUGGUACAUCCGGUCUAGGCAGCAGAGAUCAGACAAGUACAAGCGCCUCAUUCGCGAAGACCCAAAGGUGACAGUGUACCGCGAAGACAUACCGCUCAGCUCGACGGACGUGAACGCCUUCUACCUGCCGCUAUUCCACAUCAUGGCCAUACUGCCGGCCAUCAUGGUUCCACCGUUCGUGCCCAACGGGGUAGCUCGAAUGGUGACCUACGGAUCCAUCGGCAAGAUCCUAGGUCACGAGCUGUCGCAUGCGUUCGAUCCGCAGCUUAGUUCUCUUACCAGGACCGGUGACACCGCGAGCUGGUGGUCGAAGCAGUCUUUCGAGAUCUUCCUUGAGAAGCAGCGCUGCGUGGAUUCUCAGCUAGCCAACUACACGGACAGCGAGGUACACGCUUUCAACGUGCUCUCGGAGGCAUUCGCGGACACCGCCGGCGCCGAGAAAGCCCGGCUGGCGUACGCCACUCUUCCGACGCAGCAGGGAGCGCUCGGCUACUCGCCGGAGCAACUAUUCUUCGUAGCGGGCUGCUUCGUGUUUUGCGCGAAGAAUGCGUACUCGUGGGAAACCGAGGACAAGUACCCGGCGUACGCGCUGCGUUGCAACAUGCCGGUUUCCAAUCAGAAGCACUUUGCGGAAGCCUUCGGCUGUCCCUCUGACGCAGCCCUCAACCCAUCGACGCGUUGUACCUUUCAUUAUUGACUUGGACUGUGCG